AUGUACUCUUGGAAGCUUGCCAGCAAGUUUAAAUUCGGACGUUCGAAGGAGGAGAAGGAGAAGGAGAAGGAGAGAGAAAAGAACAAAGACAAGGAGAAGCAUGGUUUAUUCCAUCAUAAGAGCCACAGGAGCGAAUCUCCUUACAUGGAACCUCCUAGAGGUUCAGUAGAUCGCAAAGAAACUAUAGUCCCAUCUUCGUCUUCAAUAGCGCCCGUACGCUUGUCAUCGGACGUCAACAAAUCCUCUGCAACAAACUCUUCGGCAUCAACCGGAAGGACCUCGAUGAGUACCUCAGGAGACCAAGAUACUGUCGAAGAUAAAAACGCGGCCUCAAGCUUCGUUGGUGACAAAUCGAGUGGCAAAGACAGUUUAAUUGAAGAGCCUCGUUUCUCAGGGAUCAUGACAAUAAAAGUUUAUGGUGGCGAAGGCUUUAUGCUGCCCGUUUCGAUUACCUCUAACGUUCAAAUUCUCAAGAAGCUGCUGCAAUCUGGCGUAAUAAACCAGGCGAGUGACGACGCAAACGUCGACGAGCUCAUCUCGUCACUCUCUCAACUUCAAGUGGCGGAUCCGGGCGACGACGAAAAUAUUAUAGACGGUGAGACGGCUGCUCGUUACAUUCCGGCAACCAUCACACUUCCAACUUCAACAACUUUGAAUCCCUUACUGUAUUUUACUUUGGAGUUCGACAAUACGGUGGCAACUAUUGAACCGGAAUCCGGAACCAUUUCAAACUUAACCUUCAACAAGAUAUCUACAUUUGAUGUUACUCGCAAGCUGAACUUCUUGAAAAUGGACGUUUUUGCGCGCAUUCCUUCCAUAUUGCUCCCCUCUAAAGCAUGGCAGCAGAUGAACUCCUCUGAUCCGUACAUCAAAGACAUUUUGGAUCGAAUCAACAGCAACCAGGAUAUCCACGUCGGUUCAUGCAAUCUUCCUCUUACACUGGACUUUGAUUCUGCCUCCACUUUCCGUCUUUACAAUCAUCAGUGGAUUAGCUUAGAGCAAGGGAACGGGAAGCUCAAUAUCAGUGUGGACUACAAGCCUGCCACCAACAGAGCACUAAGCAUUGAUGAUUUCGAUCUGCUCAAAGUCAUUGGGAAGGGUUCUUUCGGCAAGGUUAUGCAAGUCAGAAAGAAAGACACAAACAAGGUUUACGCCCUAAAAGCUAUCAGGAAGUCUUACAUUGUGUCAAAAUCAGAGGUGACCCAUACAUUGGCAGAACGUACUGUUCUUGCACGCGUUGACAAUCCUUUCAUCGUGCCCCUUAAGUUUUCUUUCCAAUCACCAGAUAAAUUGUACAUUGUGCUAGCUUUCAUCAAUGGAGGUGAACUUUUCUAUCACCUUCAAAGAGAAGGUCGUUUCAGUCUUUCGCGCGCGAGGUUCUAUACAGCAGAGCUUUUGUGUGCUUUAGAGACUCUUCACAACCUUGACGUGAUCUACCGUGAUCUGAAGCCUGAAAACAUUCUGUUGGACCAUCAAGGUCACAUCGCGCUGUGUGAUUUUGGCCUUUGUAAGUUGAACAUGAAAGGCCAAGAAAAAACUAACACAUUUUGCGGAACCCCAGAGUACUUGGCUCCUGAAUUGCUUCUGGGCCAAGGUUACUCGAAAGUUGUGGACUGGUGGACUCUUGGCGUGCUUUUGUAUGAGAUGAUGACAGGCCUACCUCCUUACUAUGAUGAGGAUGUACCAAAAAUGUACAAAAAGAUUUUACAAGAGCCCUUACGGUUCCCUGACGGCUUUGAUAAAGACGCCAAAGAUCUCCUGAUUGGUCUAUUAAGCCGCGAUCCUAAGCGAAGACUGGGCUUCAAUGGCGCCGAGGAAAUUAAGUCUCAUCCAUUCUUCAGUCAGCUCAACUGGAAGCGGCUAUGGAUGAAGGGUUACAUACCACCCUAUAAACCGCCAGUCAUGAACUCUUUGGAUACUAGUAACUUCGAUCAAGAGUUUACGAAAGAGCUGCCUGUAGAUAGCGUUGUGAACGACUUUCUCAGUGAAAGUGUUCAACAGCAAUUUGGUGGCUGGACAUAUGUUGGAAGCGAGCAACUUGGAAGCUCUAUGGCACCCACUAAAAGCAUACGAUAG